GUAGCAGCUGACGCCAUUCACGUGACCGGCCCCUUCCCGCGGUGCGAGCAAGUGACGGUCGCGAGCGAUACAAUCACAACAACAACAACAAUCACCAGCGGCAAUUAUAACAACUAUGCUUGCCUCUGGUCAUUCAUGGUGACAAUUAUAACGAUGACGGCUAGACCGUGUCGAUCUGCUGCUUGCGAGUUUUAAGCCAGGCAACUUUCAGGCGUGGCGGCCACGGAGUGAGUGGAACGCGGCGACUUUGUGGACCUGAAUUCAACCAGUGUUGUUGUUCAUGAGGGCACAGGGCCAUGGCAUCCAGCAAGUACCAAACGGUUGUGGAGGGGGAGGCCUCGGAGACCGACUCAGAUGAGGAGGUGUGUACCACUUCAGUAUCAGCAGAACCCAGCGCAUGCGUGCUGGUCACAGGAGAGGCUUCCGAAACGGACGAGGAUGAAGGGGAGGAAGCAGAAGAAGAGGUGAAAGCUGCCCAUAACAACGGUCUGAUACAACACGAGGACCUGACCUCGCUGACAGGGCAAGGUGCCAUCUCAUCGUUGACUGUGGAGAGGAGACCCGGGAGGGUGGAGAUCUGCGGCGAGACAGAAGUGCCCGCGCAAAUCUCCCGGCCACCGGGGACGAGGAGUUACAACACGCUGCUGCAACUGAAGCUCCGAGAAAGCAAUGCGCGUCUGCGGGGUGACGUGGCCGAGAUGGUGCGCAAGGCAUACACCACGGCCGCCAGGGACGUGCGCAACACCACGCAGCGGCUGGGCGACUCACAGGUGGUCAUCAUAGAGGCGUCAAACAGCCUGCACCAAGCCCUGGACAACCUACACAGCAUCCGCGACAAGAUGGACAUCAUCACCAGCUGCAAUUUGCUGCCAGAAAUCCACCUGCCUGCCGAGUACAAGCCUUCCUGAUGCCUCUCACUGAAGGGUUAUCUUAUACACCUGAAUAAAUACAAAUAUACAAAUCCCAGGAACACGUUUGUUGAAUUCAUAUAACAUGUUUUUCAAUGUAUUUGUUGAUUUGUCUUGGUCCAUGUAAUGUAUAAAUAAAUAGUUUUGCAGAAUUAAUGUAUCAUUAUGCAAUGCAUAACUAUACUGUUUAUGCAAUGCAUACUGUUAUUGCAUUGCAUAAACAGUAUGUUUUGUAAUCGGUGGCACAGUGGUUAUGACCAAGACUAACGUAAAUCGUGAAUGAUAUGUGAACCUAUCAUAGUCAACCCUGGCUGACCAAGAGCCCCCAUGAGCAACAGGGGAGGCCUUCCGGAAUUGUUUGGCAAGGGCUAAAAUCAUGAUGGUAGAAUCCAAAAUAUUUAAGCAAUGAACAAUAAUUUUUAUUUGAUCCUUAAUUAUGUGUCAGUGCAAGACAAAUGGCUUGAAUUACUUAAACAAAUUAUUUGGUGUGUUUUCUUCCGUUUUUUGAAGCAGCAGCAAUUUGUAAAAGAGGUGUAUCUCAAUUUUCACUUGAUUGUUGCCAGAUGUGAAAUCCUCAAAAUGCUGGGUACUAUACUGCAUUUGAUCAAUUCUAAAAUGCCUUAUAGGUCACUUAAAUGUUUAAAGGUUAUGCUUUACAACAAUGUGUACCUCUAGACAUUUAUUUUUAUCCCCCCUCCACCGAGUGUAUUGUUAUUCUGCCUGUGUAAUUUCUAUUGAGAUAUGUGCACCUACAAUGUGAAUGGGUCGUGCACCUCAUCACCUAAUGUAGGUGUUAUAUGAUAUGUCCUGAACUGUAAUGUAUCUCCUAAACCAUAUGCGAGUUCUGUCGAGUUAUCACGUGUACGUUUGAAUAUGCAGUUUUGGAGAUAUGGACGGUGAAAUAAAUAUUGCACUGCAUGGCCUUGUUCAAUGAA